AAGCCUUCAAUGUCCAUGACGAGCCGGAAGUCCCCGUGUUAAAGAUUGUGGCUAAUGCUAAUGCUAAUGGCCCCGUAAAGGUAAACGUAUUCUGAAGAUGGCCGGGGUGUUUGAGGUGGAGGUUGAUGGUGUAGAGCACGACCAUGGACUGGAACAUCGCAACGAAGCACAUCAGAUUGAUUUGUCCAAGCUUUCACCAGAGGAGAAAUGGAGAGUGGAACAUGCACAAAUGCAUGCCAAACACAGAGGCCACGAGGCUAUGCACGCAGAGAUGGUGCUGAUCCUUAUAGUCACUUUAGUUAUUGCACAACUAGUUCUUGUCCAAUGGAAGCAGAGACAUCCUAAAUCAUACAAUUUGGUGACCCUCUUUCAAAUGUGGGUAGUACCACUCUACUUUACAACCAAGCUGCAUUGGUGGAGGUUCCUGACCACCUGGUUUAUAUUUUCCGCCAUCACAGCAUAUGUCUCUUUUCGUGCUACUCGCAAACCCCUUGCCUGCACCACACCAAGGCUGGUGUACAAGUGGUUCCUUCUCCUCUACAAGAUUAGCUAUUCCACUGGAAUAGCUGGAUACAGCGUUGUCAUGUUUACACUCUUUGGUAUAAAUCUUAUAUUCAGGAUAAAACCAGAAGAUGCAAUGGAUUUUGGAGUUUCACUCCUUUUCUAUGGUCUCUACUACGGAGUCCUCGGAAGAGAUUUUGCUGAAAUGUGUGCAGAUUUCAUGGCGUCCACAAUAGGUUAUUACAGUGCCUCUGGAAUGCCAACCAAACACCUCUCUGAUAAUAUCUGUGCUGUGUGUGGUCAGCCCAUCCUUGUGGAUGUGAAUGAGGAGGGCAUAAUUGAGAACACUUACAGGCUGACCUGCAAUCAUGUAUUCCAUGAAUUCUGCAUAAGGGGAUGGUGCAUUGUGGGUAAGAAGCAGAUGUGCCCGUACUGCAAAGAGAAGGUUGACCUGAAGAGGAUGUUUAGUAAUCCUUGGGAAAGGCCACAUGUCAUGUAUGGACAGCUUUUGGACUGGCUUCGGUACCUUGUCGCCUGGCAACCUGUGAUCAUUGGAGUUGUUCAAGGCAUCAACUACAUCCUGGGUCUGGAGUAAGCCUCCUAAAUGUCAGAAAUGGACUUUGAUGGAGAUUUGAUGGAGAUUAUCAAAAGACAUUGCACUGGCUGUUGGCCCUAUUGUUGAACUAUACAUCUCUAAAAGUGUCUAUCCCUUUUGUACAUAUUUAUAGGCUCAAAUUAACUGCAUUUAUGGUUUAUUUUUCUGAUUACCCAAAUUUUGAAAACAGAUUUUUUUUUCAUGUCACUGAAACAAAGAGAAUUAUUGUGUAUGUUCUAUGGCCUAUGGAGCAGCUCUAAAAUGAUUUUAGAGUUGCUUUUAGUAAUUUAUUAAAUGUCUUAAAUGUAUAAUAUUAAAAUGCGAUAAUAAGCAGUUGAGGGGUUAUUCUGGGAGUUUCAUUUAUGUAGACAACAGAGAAAAGGUCAUAAGCCCAAUACUUCCCCUAAGUAAUAAUUACUCUAUGACUACUUUUAGAAUUGACUAACGAGAAGUUGAGUAUGUGUUUGGUUCAGUAUCUGUAGAGCUUUUUGAAAUGUCAUGUUUGAUUUUGUUUUAUGCAAGUCAUAUUUCCACAAUCAAACUGAAAAAGCACCAAAUGAAUGAGAAUUAUUAAGAGUAACAGUAAUAAUCAGUAUAACUGCACUUCAUCACUAAUAGGCCAAAUAUUAAAAACUUAAAUUAAUGAACUGCUUUUUGAUGGGCACUGAAAAUCCUUCUUCUAGAAUAACCCUUUAACUUUAACUUUACAAAUGAUCACAGCAAGGUUUUAUCUAGAUAUGGGAAAGUAACAGGUACUGCACACAGUAUACACGUUCUACAGUUUACCUUGAUGGGUCUUACUGUGUGAAACAGGGCAGAACUAAACAUUUCUGUCAGUAUUUUACUUUAAAAUUUGAAUAAUAAAUGUCAACACGGUCAA